AUGAAUCAUAAAAAAUUUAUUUUUUCUCCAAUUAUAAUUCGUAACCUUUUUCGUAGAGCACGUAAUACAACAACAAAAUCUUAUGAUAUAAUUACAAGUGGAGCAUAUAAAACAAAUAGUCUUCCACGUAUUGUACCAAAAGAAAUUCCACGACCAAAUCAUAUUUAUAAUUUAGUUACUGGACCAUAUCAAUCAUCGAUACUUAUUAAAAAUCAAUGGCAAUUAGAAGGUAUACGUGCAGCAUGUCGUCGUGCUCGUACAAUAAUUGAUACUGUAUCUGAAUCCAUACAAGCUGGUAUAACAACAGAUACAAUUGAUAGAUUAGUACAUGAAUUAUGUAUAUCACUUGGUUGUCAUCCAGCACCACUUCAUUAUGAAAAUUUUCCACGCUCAUGUUGUACAAGUGUUAAUAAUAUUGCAUUACAUGGUAUACCUAAUGAUCGACCAUUAAAAGAAAAUGAUAUACUUAAAUUAGAUGUAUCUGUUUAUUAUAAUGGUUUUUUUGGUGAUGUUUCAGAAACAUAUCUUGUACCAGGAAAUGAUAAAAAUAAAAGUCCAAUUGAUAAUGAUGCACUUUAUCUUAUAACACAUGCACGUCGUUGUCGUGAUCGUGCUAUAGCUAUAUGUCGACCUGGUAUUGAAUUUUCAGCUAUUGGUCGUGCAUGUGAAGAAUAUAUAAAACAUUGUAGUGGUUUAAAAAUAGUUAAAAGUGCAUGUGGACAUGGUUUAGGUGAACAAUUACAUGAACAACCACAAAUAUUACAUUAUUAUGAUUCAAAUGAAAAACAAAUGAAAUGGAUUAUGAAAGAAGGUAUGGUUUUUGCUAUUGAACCUGUUUUAACAGAUGGUAAUGGUCGUGUUAAAAUGUGUGAUGAUGAUAUACAAGUAUGUACAAUAGAUAAUUCACGUUGUGCACAAUUUGAACAUACAAUUGUAAUAACAUCAACUGGACAUGAAAUAUUAACUGAAGGAAAAACUGAUAUGCGUCCGAAUAUUCUUGAAAGAAAAGCUGUUUUUCUCUAG